AUGUCAGCACAAAAGACCACCAAAUUUGAUGAAGUAUGGGAAAAACUAUUGACUGGUAUUCGUCAAAUAUAUGAUCACCAAGCUAUGCAACCACCGGCUUGGAUGGAGUUAUAUACUCACGUUUACAAUUAUUGUACAUCAACAACUCUUCCGAUUUCUCCGGCAAUUAAACUAACGGGGCGUCGCACUGCUGAACAACCAGCAAGAUAUUCACCACAAAAUCGAACAACCGCUUCGGAUGGUGCAAAUAUUGUUGGUGGAGAAUUAUAUUCGAAAAUAAAUCAGUUUUUGAAUAAUUAUUUAGAAGAUUUGAGACAACAUGGAGUUGAUUUACAAGAUGAAGCUGUACUCAGUUUCUAUACCGAUCAUUGGGAAAAGUAUCAAUUUUCAAGUCGUGUGCUUCACGGUUUUUGUUCGUAUUUAAAUCGUCAUUGGGUUCGACGUGAAUAUGAAUCUGGUAGAAGAAAUAUCUAUGAAAUAUUUACAUUGUCCAUGGCUAUUUGGCACGAAGUUUAUUUUAAACCAUUGAAUACACAAGUGACAAGUGCCUGUUUGAAAUUGAUACAAAGUGAAAGAAACAACGAAGUUAUUAAUAGCCGAUUGAUUGCUGGAGUUAUACAAAGUUAUGUUGCACUGGGUUUCAAUGACGAAGUAUCAUCGACAGCCAGUGCACAAAUGACAACACCAACAUUAAAUGUUUACAAAGAAUACUUUGAAAAUCAAUUUUUGGUUGAUACUGAACGUUAUUAUAAACUAGAAGCAGCAAAUUUUCUCAUAAGUAAUUCAGUCACGGAAUAUUUGAAAAAGGUUGAAGCUCGUUUAAAUGAAGAAGUACAUCGCGUCUCAUCCUAUUUGAAUCCAUCAACAUUGAAUCCAUUGAUUAGAAAAUGUGAAGAUGUACUUAUUCGGGAUCAAUUAGAAGCAAUUUAUGUUGAAUGUAAAACAUUAUUGAAUAAUGAAAAAAAUCAAGAUUUAGCAAGAUUAUUCAAAUUAGUCAGUCGUGUACAAAAUGCAAAUAAUGAAUUAAAAAAAAUUGUUGAAGAACAUAUCUAUACAAAAGGAAUGGAAGCUAUUCAAGCUGUUAGUGCUCAAGCAAUCAACGAUCCAAAAACAUAUGUACAAACAAUUCUAGAUGUUCAUAAAAAAUUUUUGACACUUGUUCAAGAAGCGUUUAGUGGUGAACAAGGAUUUACAGCUGCAUUGGAUAAAGCCUGUGGAAAAUUUAUUAAUAAUAAUGCAGUUACAGUUAAUGCCGGAGGAACACAAAAAUCACCGGAAUUGUUAGCGCGUUAUUGUGAUUCUUUAUUGAGAAAAGGAACAAAAACUGCAGAUGAGACUGAUCUUGAAGAAAUAUUGAAUCAAAUAAUGGUCGUAUUCAACUAUAUUGAAGAUAAAGAUGUUUAUCAAAAAUUUUACGGUAAAAUGUUAGCCAAACGUUUAGUUGGACAAUUAUCAGCAUCAGAUGACUCAGAGGAAUCGAUGAUAUCAAAAUUAAAACAAGCAUGUGGAUUCGAAUAUACAUCAAAACUGCAGAGAAUGUUUCAAGAUAUUGGAGUUAGUAAAAAUUUGAUUGAUCAACACCUUGAUUUCUCCAUCAUGGUUCUUAGCUCAAAUUCAUGGCCAUUCUCAGCACCAUUACCGUUUAAUUUACCAGCAGAACUCAAACCAACAUACGAUAGUUUUACUGAUUUUUAUGCAGCUCAGCAUAGUGGUCGAAAAUUGACAUGGUUACAUCAACAUUCGAAAGGCGAACUUCAGACAUCAUAUUUGAAACAAAAAUUCACAUUUCAAGUAUCGACAUACCAAAUGGUUAUUUUAUUAUUAUUUAACAAAUCGACAGAAUAUAUUGUUGAAAAAAUUCAAGACGAAACACAAAUCAAACUCGAUACCUUAUUACCAGUUCUAUGGUUAUUAUUGAAAUUAAAAGUAUUGGAAUGUCCUAGUAUUACUGAUGAAGAGUUGGAAGAAGAAUAUAAAGAAAGUGAAAUUAAAAUGGAUCUUGUCAUCAAAUUAUCGAGUGGAUAUAAAAACAAAAAAAUACGUGUUAAUUUAAAUAUGCCAUUAAAAUCAGAAGUAAAACAAGAUUUAGAAGGUGUACAUCGAACAAUUGAUGAAGAUCGAAAAAUGGUCAUACAAGCAGCUAUUGUCCGAACAAUGAAAGCAAGACAAACGUCGAAACAUACACAACUUAUUGCAGAAGUUCUUUCUCAAUUAGCAUCACGAUUUAAACCAAAAGUACCAGUCAUCAAAAAAUGUAUCGAUAUGUUGAUUGAAAAAGAAUACUUAGAACGUUUACCCAAUGAAAAAGACACUUAUCGUUAUUUGGCUUAA